AUGCUGCAUUCUGCUAACUUCACUGAUGAAGAGGUGCAAACUGCCUUCGUUCAGGCAGAGACCCUGUUGAACAGCCGGCCACUGACCACAGUUGGAUCAGAUGCUGAUGAUCUCGUCCCGUUGACACCUCAGCAGUUGCACAUUGGCCACAUUCAGGUAGAAACGGCCAUAGAAGCGGCACAAGCUUCUACGACACCCGCACACCCGCAGAGACGGUGGAAAGCUGUGCAGGUUGCUGUGGAUCACAUCUGGCUACGUUGGUUGAAGGAAUUUGUGCCCACGCUUAAUAUCCGACAACGUUGGAGAAUGUGCAGACGGAACAUAAUGGUUGCUGACAUGGUAUUUUACAUGGCAAAGGACACUCCCCGUGGAAUGUGGCCUCUCGGCAAAGUGGUGGAUGUUUUCCCCGGAGCAAACGGUCUCGUGCGUGUGAUGGACAUCCUCGUCAAAGGCAAAACUUAUCGGCGUCCGACCAACUUACUGGUUCCACUUGAGUUCAUGUUGUGUUCGCCUGGUGCCACGCAGGAGUCCCUUGUGGGACAAGACAAAGACUGA